AUGGCCCAUCGACCUUCUUUAGUUGUUCAAGAAGAUGAUGGAUUUAUUAAUGACAAUGAAGAUGAUAUGGCAAACAGAAUCCCAACUAAGAAAAAGGGUCAUGGCGCAGCUAUUGGAAAAGAUCUAGAGGAGAGGCGGCGUAAAAAUGGAAAACCACUGGAAGUAACGUUUUGCCCACGAACGUACAAGGUUGUUGGGGGCGAGCACGCUGCUUUUGUCCGCCUUGUGGGAACCCAAAUUAAAACGAAAGUUCCCGGACAUUACGGUUCAUGGGAAUUAGUGCCUAAACAAUACAAGGAUCAGGUCCUUGGCAUAAUUCAGUACUAUUAUCAAAUAGCAGGCCGCGAGGAUUUCUUAAAGUGUUUAGAUGGUAUCGAUCGAGAGAUGAAAGACCGAUACCGUAAUAGGAAAACACUAAGACACGAACACUUUGAGAAACACUACAAUGGACCGGAGGAUUGGGAUAAGGUUCUAAACAACCCAACCAAUGAUGUUAACAAGGAGGAGUGGAAGCAGAUCUGUCAGUUAUUUACAAGUCCACAAUUUAUUGCGCGCUCCAUAAAGAAUAAGGAAAAUCGGAAGAAAUAAAAGUAUUCUACAACGCAGGGUACAA